UGACAUUCUGCUUCAAUUGAUUUUGAAUCUCAUUGGAAAGCAUAUGUUGGACAGGAUGUAUUUCUUUGAAAAUAUGUGGUGACUCAAUAACUUGUGAAACUAUUAUACUUAUAACUAAGUCAAAUGAAGAAAAUAAAGUGGUGGACACAACAUUUACUUAAGAAAGUUAAUUUGUAGUUUUUAAAAAGCAAUUACAACUGACUUUUUGUGAAUAUGUGUUAAAAAACUUUAUAAUUAAUUGGAGACUGCUUUUGUAAUUUAGUGAACAAAAAAUCAUACAGCAUUAACUUAUUAAUGAAGAAAAUAAUUUGAAUGAGUGCAAAGCACAUUCAAUUUGAAAAUUUUGUAUUAUGUCUUUAUUGUUCAAGAUCUGUGUUACAAAGAAUUUUGAUUUAACUUCUCUUUCUAUAAAAAUAUGAGAGAACACUGAAAAAAAAAAAAAAGAUGAAAUUAAAAGAGAAAGCAAAAAAUUGAACUAGUGGACUCACUGAACUUUUGUGAAUAUAGCAAUUAAAAUUGUCUUAUUGGUCACAAUUGCAAAAAUGAAUAUUUUGAUUGAGAAUUCACAGAGUCUUACAAAUGAGGACUCAUAUUUUGAGGAAAUGAAGGAAAAAUCACUUAGUGGAGUUGAAGAUUCAAAAGAAAAUGUGACCUUGAGUCAAGAUUUGUCAAACGAGCCAGAAAACCAAACUGAUGACGAAUGGUAUUCCUCUGAGCUGUGCGAGAUAUCCAUUACUGAAGUUAAUCAGUUGCAGGAACCCAUUACUUUUACGUCAAAUGACUCGAAAACAUGUAAUAACAAAAAGGAGUAUUCAUGUGGAUAUUGCGAUAAAUCCUUUUCAGAGAUUAAUCUUCUGAAAGAGCACAUAGCGAUUCACACUGAUUUGUCAGUGAAUACAGUGGCAGUUAAAAAGCAGUAUUCCUGUGGAUUAUGUGAGCAGGUAUUUAAUGAAGUGGAACAGUUGCGAAUUCAUAUUAGGGUUCACACUGUAUCGCCAAUUGAGGACAGGAAAGAAUAUUCUUGUGGAUUGUGCGACAAAUCAUUUCCCAAAGUUGAUUAUCUGAAGGAUCACAUAAGAGUUCAUACAACUCAACAACGAUACUUUUGUGAUUUUUGUGAAAAAGCAUUUACCGGCCAAAACCUUUUAAAACAACAUAUGCGAAUGAUGCAUAUUGCAGAACAGAACAAAAAGAAACUUGAGUUAUAUAAAUUUCCUUGUAAAUUUUGUGACAAAUCAUAUGCUGAACAUGUAGAUGACAGUAAAAUGGUUCAUUUUGAUGCCGCUCCAGCAUGCUCAGAGAAGAAACAACAUCCUUGCAAACUGUGUAAAAAAUUAUUUACUGAAAAUGAGAAGAUGGAAGAACACCUACGUAACUGUGCUAGUCAAUCCUCGUUAAAUUCAGACAGUUACGCUGCUGAGGAGCAAUAUGCUUCUGUUUCUGUUCUGUAUGAAAACUCGCUUCCUAAAGCUGACCCUUCAAACAUACUGAUUGAGGCAGUAUCAGGGAUGUCGGAAGCUCAGACUGGAGAAGAUUGUUUUGCUCAUGAGGAGAUUUCAGAACCUCAAGUAAGUGAGAUUUCGGAAGCCCAGGGUGUUGAAGACUGUUUUGUGUAUGAAGAGACUUCAGAAUCUCAAGUAGGUGACUGUUUUGUAUAUGACGAGAUUUCAGGAACUGUAGUAAGUGAUAUUUCAGAAGCUCCAAUUUGUGAAAGUUCAGAAGUUCCAGUUGAGGAUAUUUCUGAAGUUCAAGUAGAGGAAAAUUAUUUUGUAUGUGAAUUGUGUCAGGAAUUGUUUACUGAAGUUGAGCACCUAAAAGAACACAUGCAGUGUCAUAUAUUGCCAAAUACAAAUUUUGAAGUUCAGAUAGUUGGAAAGCUAUACCCGUGUGAGUUUUGCAAUGAAUCAUUUUGUGAAGUUGGUGAACUGAAAGAACAUGUAAAGAUGCAUACUGCCUUACUAAAAUUAGAAACCCCGUCUGAUAAAAGAUGGUAUUCAUGUGGGUUAUGUGACAAAUCAUUCCUUCAAGUUAGUCACUUAAAAGCACACAUAAGAAUUCAUACCCAACGAUCAAGUGCUCAUGGCCAGUUUGAUGAGAAACGAUAUUCUUGUGGAUUAUGUGAGAAAUCCUAUACUGCGGUGGAACAUUUGAAAAGACACAUACAAGUUCACGUUUUGCCAAGAGAUAAAACUAGGGGAUACGUAUGUAAAGUAUGUAAGUUAGUGUGUUUUAGUGAUCCAGAUCUUUUAAGUGAACACUUGGAAACUCAUGAAACUUUUGUGUCGUCUAAUUCAGAAAGUAACACUUCUGAACAUUCAGAAAUUAGCACCUCUGAACACUUGUUAAAUUCCGACAUGGGUAUUAGUCAAAAGCUGUAUCCAUGUGAAUUGUGUGAAGAAUCGUUUUCUGAAAUGGCUCAUUUGAGUGCACAUGUUAGAGGUCAUUACUUCCAAAAACCAUAUGCUUGUUUUCAAUGUGAUACGUCUUUUUCUACAUUAAUUGCUUUUAGACAACAUUGCAGUAAUCAUGUGGCAAAACCUCAUAAUUGCUUACGGUGUAAAAGGUCAUUUACUUUGAAAAGCUCCUUGAAGCGACAUUUGACUGUUCAUAAAAAAAGAAGGUGUCAUACAUCAAAAAUGUACACGUGCAAUUAUUUUGACGUCCUUUGUAAUGUUAAAAAUUCAAAAGGUGAGUCGAAAGGUACACAAAGGUCUUCUGCUAAUGAUGAAGGAGAUGCUUCCCAGAUAUUGUGUUCGGAUGGUGUGGAGUCGUCCUUGUCAUGUCAUCCUAAUUACUGUAGAAAGACGUUCAAGACCUACUCUCAGUUAAAAAGCCAUUUAAGGACUCAUACAGGAGAAAAGCCUUAUUCUUGUGAUUAUUGUAAUAAGGCUUUUGCUUGGAAAAAUCAGUUCUUGAUGCAUUUAGAAACUCAUUUGGAUGCUUUAGACUGUUGGUACUAUUAUUGAAAAUGUAUUGUAUAAUGACCUAAGCACGUGAAAAAUGAAAUAUUGUCCAAUUAGUAAUGUUCUGAUAUGAAUUUAUCAUUCUUAUGUAAUGGGGGGGGGAGGAGAACCUGUAAAUUACUGUUGUUAUAAAAAUGAAUUACAAAUUAUGUACAGAAUGGAACCGCUUGUCUGUGAGUAAGAUGACUGGAAUUUUAGUUUUGAUCCACCAAUUACUGAAUCUUUGCGCUUUCAAAUGUUAAUUGGACGGUUUUAUGCAAAAAUGAGUUCACUGACAAAAACUCAAAAAAAUAUGAGUUAUUCAUAUAGAUUGGUAAAUAAACGACAUACUAAGCCCUCUAUUGAACAAAAUGCCAACUGAUUUCUGUGAAACUGAGCAUUAGAGCUCAAAUUACUCAAAAGUACUGCUUGGUGGGUUGACCAAUU